AAACAAGCGGCGGCGCGUACAUAGAAGAUCUGUGAGAAUUGCGUCGAAAAGAAUUUCGGUCUAAAUUGCCUCGGGCCACUGCAAAUGUCUCCUCCCACUUGGCAGGCAGAUGCCAACGGCGACUAACAAGGUGCAGACGGGAAAGUGCAAAGCCUUUUGUGAAAUUCCAAGGACGGGUCACUGCUGAGACACCUGUCAAACAAACAACAACAAAAAAAAAAACACGCAAAAUUAUUACAUAAAUUCCGAGCUAGAAAAUCAUCCAAAAUUCAAACAGAAACACCCAAACAAAGUUUUUGAAAUUUUCGCAAGUCCGAAAGCAAACGACGACCCCACAGGAGGGGAAAGCUAAAGCAAUCGCUAAAGUGCAUUCUUGGGUGGAAGCGGCGCAGCAGCGUUUUGAACUCGGUGCGGAACGGGCUACCGGAGAGUCUUACGUUGGUGGUAGUGUGCUGGUGCGGUUUGGCCUGCAGCCAACUGCUGUGGGUGCGUGCGUCGCGCGCAGAGCCGCAGUCAGCGCUGCGCAAGAUGUCGUACCGUGGAGUUCUGAGCACCCCGUCCUCCUCCUCGCUGAGCAACAACCAGGACACCGACAGCUUCGAUGACCCGAUCACAGGCCAUCCCCCGGAGUCGUCUGCCCAGCCGCACCUGCAUCGGCAGAAGUCCGCUGGCGGCAAUGCACUACCGACAGCCAUUAGCCCGGCCCACGGCAUUCGGUCCCCUCAUCGUUGUGCCUGUGAUCUGACCGACUCGCCAGUGGAAGAAAAGGCUGUCGUUGUCGAUGCCGACGUUGAACUAACCAACGAGAUCUCGGCUCCGUACGAAGUGCCACAGUUCCCCAUUGAACAGAUUGAGAAAAAGCUGCAGGUGCAACGUCAGCUCAAUGAGAAGCAAGGUGGAACACGUCCGGUGCCGGUCGCCCCGGUGCAGAUCAUUCAGAGUGGUUCGAUAAGCAGCAACGAGGGCAACGACUCCACCGCGGACUCGAUGAAGAACGAUGCGGACAUCAACUUUCAGCGCGUGUCCAUAUCGGGGGAGGAUACCAGCGGUGUGCCGCUGGAGGAUCUGGAGCGGGCCUCCACUUUGUUGAUCGAGGCACUGCGCCUGCGCAGCCAUUACAUGGCCAUGUCCGAUCAGUCCUUCCCCUCGACCACGGCACGUUUUCUCAAGACCGUUCGCCUCAAGGAUCGCAUCGAUAAUGUGCCGGUCAAGGUGGUGUCGGACAUCAUUCGCAAUAUGAGUGUAGUGACCAGACCAGAUUUCCAUAUGAAGCCGUUGUCGCAUCACAAGGUGUCGAAUCCGUGGAACGUGGACUUUCCGCCAGACGAGACAUACGUGAUCAAGCCCCUCAAUGGCGUCUUUCACGUCUACGAGGAUGAGGAGAAAACGAAGGACCUUAAGUUUGUGUAUCCGGACAUGAGCCAGUUCGUCAACGACAUGCAGGUCAUGUGCAAUAUGAUUGCCGACGGACCGCUGAAAUCCUUUUGCUAUCGUCGCCUUUGCUAUUUGUCGUCCAAGUAUCAGAUGCAUGUGCUGCUGAACGAGCUGCGGGAGCUGGCCGCCCAGAAGGCGGUGCCCCAUCGGGACUUUUACAACACGAGGAAGGUGGAUACCCACAUACAUGCCGCCUCCUGCAUGAACCAGAAGCACCUGCUGCGGUUCAUCAAGAAGACGCUGAAGAACAGCGCCAAUGAGGUGGUUACCUGCACCAAUGGCCAGCCCAUGACGCUGGCCCAGGUGUUUCAAUCAAUGAAUCUGACCACAUACGAUCUAACCGUCGACAUGCUGGACGUCCAUGCCGAUCGCAAUACGUUCCAUCGCUUCGACAAGUUCAAUUCCAAGUACAAUCCGAUUGGCGAGUCACGUUUGAGGGAGGUGUUCCUCAAAACAGACAACUUCUUGAACGGCAAAUACUUUGCACAAAUUAUAAAGGAAGUGGCAUUCGAUCUGGAGGAGUCCAAGUAUCAGAACGCCGAGCUGCGACUCUCGAUCUAUGGCAAGUCGCCGGAUGAGUGGAACAAGCUGGCCAAGUGGGCCAUCGACAACGAUGUGUACAGCUCGAACAUACGCUGGCUGAUCCAGAUACCGCGACUGUUUGACAUCUUCAAGUCGAACAAGAUGAUGAAGUCAUUCCAGGAGAUAUUGAACAACAUAUUCCUGCCGCUCUUCCAGGCGACCAACAAGCCCAGCGAGCAUCCCGACUUGCAUCGCUUCCUUCAGUAUGUGAUUGGCUUCGACUCUGUGGAUGACGAGUCCAAGCCGGAGAAUCCCCUCUUCGACAACGAUGUGCCACGGCCCGAGGAAUGGACCUACGAGGAGAAUCCUCCUUAUGCCUACUACAUCUACUAUAUGUAUGCCAAUAUGACGGUGCUGAAUAAGUUUAGACAAACACGCGGCAUGAACACCUUUGUGCUGCGGCCACAUUGCGGUGAGGCUGGACCCGUUCAGCAUUUGGUCUGCGGCUUUCUCAUGGCCGAGAACAUCUCACACGGCCUGCUGUUGCGCAAGGUGCCUGUCCUGCAGUAUCUGUACUAUCUGACACAGAUUGGCAUUGCCAUGUCGCCGCUGUCCAACAAUUCGCUGUUUCUCAAUUACCAUCGCAAUCCGUUGCCCGAAUACUUGGCCCGCGGCCUGAUCAUCUCCCUCUCCACGGACGAUCCCUUGCAGUUCCACUUUACCAAGGAACCCCUCAUGGAGGAGUACAGCAUUGCGGCUCAGGUGUGGAAGCUCAGCUCCUGCGACAUGUGCGAGCUGGCGAGAAACAGUGUCAUGAUGAGCGGAUUUACCCACAAUACCAAACAACAGUGGCUGGGACCGCACUACUACGAGGAUGGGAUUAUGGGUAACGACAUCACACGCACCAAUGUCCCCGAAAUCCGAGUGGCCUAUCGCUACGAGACUCUGCUGGAUGAGCUCUCAAAUAUAUUCAAGGUGAACCAGACCUGCGGAUCACUCAGUGAGCACUCUUAGGUCGUGCGCAUGCGCCGCCCCCCACACCUCCCAAAAGAGCCGUAACAACUUGCUCCUAUAUAUAUAUACAGAUUUACAUAAAAUAUAUUCUACAAAUAUAUUUCAUAAUAUAAAUAUAUUUCAAUCUCUGUACUAACCAAAUUGUAUGCGCGGCAGACCAAAAUUUCAAAAUAUAUAAAGUAUACCCAUACUGGCUAAUAUGUUUAAAGCUGGCUAAACUA